AUGAGUCCGCGCCCAACCUACGGCGAGUCCUCACUGGCGGAGGCCCUCACCAACACUACCGCUUUCCUAGACAGCAUGGAGGCCCUCACCUCAACUUUCCCCCCACACGAACGCCUCGUCCAACCCGUCCUCACGCCCCGCUUUGUCCCCGUCUGCAGCGACGAGCUCCUCUCCUCUCUCGGCCGUCUCGCGAAGGAACGCAACCUAAUGAUCCAGAGCCACAUGUGCGAGAGCCGCGACCAAAUGGCGUGGGUGCAAUUAACUCGAGGGCGUGCAGACGAAGACGUCUUCGACGGCGCUGGCCUUCUAACGCCGCACACGGUACAGGCGCACGUAACGGCCCUCUCGCGCGACCUCGUGGAUCUGGUCAAGGAACGUGGGGUGACGGUUGCGCACUGUCCGCUGAGCAACGCGUAUUUCUCGGACGCGGCGUUCCCCCUCCGCGAGGCGCUCGAUGCGGGAGUCAAGGUUGGGCUCGGAAGUGACAUUGCGGGAGGGUACGCGCUCCCCAUCCAGGUAGCUAUGCGGAAUGCGGUGCUGGUUGCGAGGCUGCGCGAGGGGGCGCGUCGAGAAGGUUCUUCCCAGCCAGGUAAGGAGGAGGAAGGGAACCUCCACGUCGACUGGAAGGAGAGCUUGUACCUCGCCACGGCAGGAGGACGGGACGCUCUCGGACUGGCGGGAACGUUCAAAGUCGGCGCGCCAUUCGACGCACAGCAGAUCACGCUCGUGCAGGACGGCCCAGUGGGGUCGCUCGACAUCUUUGACCUUGGGGAUGACGAGAAGUGGUGGCAUGAGGCCGUGGAGCGGUGGUGGGAUGUGGGUGCAGGGGCGGAAGGUGAGGUAGGCUGGAUUGGCUGGGAGGAAGAAUCUACUCAUCUCCACAUCCUCAUCCUCGAGCCCCAAUCACCAACUAACCUCAUCCUCACCUUCUCGGACCUUCCCUCACCACACAUCACCCCUUCCCUGCCUCACCCCACCCACUCUCUAGUCAUGUCGUCGAACCCCACUCGCCGCUCGAGCCGCGCGCGUCGCGCCGCAACUGUGUUCGGUAACGCCGUAUCCUCGGACCAGAAGUAUGGAUCGGAUGACGAGUUCUCGGUCCAAGGCGACCCAGAGGACGAGUACGAAUCGCCGGACAGCACUGACUGGGCCGGGGCUCCUGAGGAGGAGAGCCUCGAAGCCAGAUUGGAGGAUGAGGAGCCCAAGUCGAAGCGCACGAAGAAGUCGCCAAAGGGGAAAGAGGAGAAGGCGCUCAAGGGGCCGAAGAGCAAGCUGUCGCGUUCUUCGGCGAGCAAGAGGACGACGAAGACGCCUACGGGUGUCUUGAACAAGAGCGUCGCGCGCAAGCCCACCAAACUGCCGCAGAAAGUCGGACUCAACGAACUGGCUGGCGCCAAACUGGUGAACAAGGUCGUGCCGGAGUCAGGCGACGAGGCCGAGGAUGUUGCGGCGGAGAGCUCUGGCGACCAAGGCUGCGCCAAGAGCAGCGACAAGAUGGACGUCGACGACGAUGCGGGGUCGGCCGUGUCCAGCGACGCCGAGGGUGAUACCCCUCCGCCCAUCAAGAAGACCGUAGCCGAGGCGCCGCCCAAGACGCCCGCCAAGCCGAAAGGCAAGCCGGUCUUCCUCGCCAAGCUUGCUGGCCCCACGAACAAUGCCUCUGGGACUAAGGCGCAGGUCAGGCUCCUUGCGCACAAUAUCGUACGCGCCACCUCCAACCAGGUCGGCGGCUGUAAGGCUACCUCGGAUGACUCGGACAGCGGCCUGACGGUUGUCGACGACGAUGACAACCUCAAGAUUGCAAGUUAUACGGUAUCGGCUGUGGACGACGGUGUUGUGUCGGGCGAGAAGUGUGAGUCAGCUAGACAUUGUGUGAACAGUUAA